AUGGGACACGACCAGGGCGCCGCUGCCGUUGGGCUACAACCAAGGAACUACGAGGCGCUUCCUCCCAAGAGCUCCUUCAAGAUCGACGAGGGUUACUCAGACGAAACGAAGAGCCUGCAGGAAAAUGAGAGCGUGCAGGACACGCUGGAGCUCCCUGCAUGGAUUCUGUCGCGUAGCGAGGCAGAUAGGGCCGAUCUAGCCUACACCUUACUCAGAACGCUGCGGACGUCGACCAUCUCAACGGUCAUCGAUCGACUGACCCCGUUGCUCCAUAUGGAUCCGGUUUAUAAGCUCCCGCCGGAGAUAACGGCGGAAAUAUUCUCCUACCUCGAUCCCACCACCCUCCUGACGGCUUCACUCGCCUCAAAGCCAUGGAGGAGUAGGAUCCUAGACUCGAGGCUAUGGCGAGGGCUCUACAUCAAGGAGGGAUGGAGACUCAACAUGACCGCCAUCCGGGACUUCCACACCCAGUCGAGCGAGAUCGCCAAACAGCAGCAGAGCAGAAAGUCGAGGAAUAGGAUUUCAGACACAGACUCAGUGCAACCUCAGCUUAAGAAGCGUGCUCUCGCCUGUGACCGUGCAGGAACCUCGUCGGCUGGGGCCGUGAGCAGCACGUUCGGCGGCCCGGCCCUCCACACAGACACUGAAGGAGACCAUGAGAUGCGCGAUGCUGCGCCGGAUUCGCCAAUGGACGUCUCCUCUCCAACCCGCCUGGCUGCCCGGCUGGCAGAGAAGUGUAACGUUCCCAAUUCUUUGGAUAUGUCCGUGCGGUCGCCAGGUUUCGACUCUCUGUUCACGGACGAUCGGUCUCCCCUCCCAUAUUCCUCGGCUGCAGUGUGGUCAAGCAAUGGGCCCAGGUUAAACUGGGCUUACCUCUACAAGCAGCGUCAAAAGCUGGAAGAAAACUGGCGCAACGGCCGGUUUACUAAUUUUCAGCUCCCACAUCCAAACUUCCCCUGGGAGUCUCAUCGAGAACGGGUGUACGUUAUCCAAUUUGUGGGGAAGUGGCUUGUUAGCGGUAGCAGAGAUAAGUCGGUAAGAGUCUGGGAUCUAGAGACGCAGAGACUGAGAGGCCAGCCCUUGAUUGGACAUACCAAGUCUGUCCUGUGUCUACAGUUUGACCCGAGCCCAGAAGAAGACAUUAUCAUAUCCGGGAGCAGCGACCGAAGCGUCGUCGUCUGGCGAUUUUCGACCGGAGAAAAGAUCCAAGAGCUUCCUAAUGUACACCUUGACUCCGUGCUCAAUCUUCGGUUCGAUAAACGCUACCUUGUUACAUGCUCCAAGGAUAAAACCAUCAAAAUUUUCAACAGGAACGCUCUACUGCCCACCGAUGAUGACUAUCCGAGGGUCGCCAAGGGGGCCGGUCCAAGAUAUCCGUCUUACAUCGUGGAUACUUCGGUUAUCCAACCUUCAACCCUUGAAGCCCAGAUGGCUAACCAACAGAUAAAGUCUCUACCUCCCUUCACCCUUCUCAUGACCCUUGACGGGCACCGGGCUGCGGUAAACGCAAUUCAGAUCGACAAGGACGAGAUCGUCUCCGGAUCCGGUGAUCGGCUUAUCAAAGUCUGGAGUAUUCACAGCGGUGCAUGCUUGAAGACACUUCUCGGCCACAACAAGGGAAUUGCUUGCAUCCAGUUCGACAACCAGCGCAUCGUAAGUGGCAGCAACGAUGAUACAGUUCGAAUAUACGAUCACGUAUCAGGAGCAGAGGUCGCCUGUCUCCGGGGCCACUCAGAUCUUGUCCGGACGGUCCAGGCUGGGUUUGGAGACCCCCCUGGCUCAGAGGAGACGAUGAGAUUAGAAGCAAUGGCAGUGGAUCAUGAAUAUUUCGAAGCCCGACGCCGCGGUGACGUCGAUGAGAACCCGAUAACCACUCGCCAUUCGCGUCGAAAUCCAAACACUGGCUCUAGGCUACCGCAGGAUGUCAUGGCCUUGGGGGCUAAAAUCCCGCCUGGAGGCGGUGGUAGCAUCUGGGCUAGAAUUGUCUCCGGCUCAUACGACGAAUCCAUCAUCGUAUGGAUGAGGGAUAAAGAAGGUAGAUGGGUUAUCGGACAGCGAUUAAGCCAGGUAGAAGCCGCCAAGGCCAUAAGAGCUGCAGCCGCGGCCGCCCCGGCCCCUGACUCUUUCAAACCCUCUGCAUUUACUUCAUUUGAUGCCGCCCGGUCUGCUGCCUCUGCUUCUUCUGCUGAAACCGCGCAGAGGAAUGCGACAUCCCAGCCACAACCUGCAGCCGCUUCAGCUUCUUCGUCUGCUUCUAUCCCUACCUCCAUUCCACCUCAACAGCCUGUUGAUCGAGUCAACACGCCUCCGCUUCCCGUACCUGCUCAAGUUCCUCACGGGCAAAUCGACCCAGCGGCACAGGCACAUCCAAACCCUCAGGAUGCUGCUGCUGGUGUUGCACCUGACAACCACGGCCAUCAAUUACCAUUACCUCCAACCGCAGGAAUAUUCAAGGUACAGUUCGAUGCGCGGAACCUUAUCUGCGCAAGUCAGGAUUCCCGCAUUAUAGGCUGGGAUUUUGCCUGUGGUGACAAGAAACUUGAAGAAGCAUGUCAGUUCUUUGAGGGCUUGUAG